GGUGAAAUAAAUUCUGUUGAACAAUGUCGUCCAGUUGUUGCAUCUUUAAGUACUGUUCUUGAUUUAUGUAGUCGUGAAAAAGAUAUGCGUCAACAUUAUGGUCGACAAUUUAUUGAUGGUAUAUAUACAUGUUGGCCACAAUUUUCUUCACUUUAUUAUUCAACAAAUAUUGAUGAUAAAUUAUUAAUAGUAACAUUAUUAACAAAAACAUUUAUAAUUGAUAGUCAUCAAUUAAUAUAA